AUGAUUUUGUGGUAUUUGUUGUUAGCUCUGGGUGUUUGGACUAUUGCGUUCAAAUAUAGGAGACGUAGGAUGUACAAGUUAGCUGCACUUGUACCUGGUCCCAAAAGCGAAUAUCCUAUAAUUGGUGUUGCUGCGGAUUUGGUGGGAACUACAGAGGUGGUAGUGCAUCCUACUGAUUUGGAAAUGAUAUUGAAAACAUGCUUAGAAAAAGAUGAUCUUCAUAGGUUUAUACAAAAAGUCAUCGGAUAUGGAGGAAUAUUUGCACCAGUUUCAAUCUGGAGACGACGACGUAAGAUAUUACUUCCAACUUUCAGUCCGAAAAUACUCGAUAGUUUCGUUGAAGUUUUCUCCGAACAAAGUGAGAAACUUGCAAGUAAAUUAGAAGAACGAGCUUCACAGAACUCUUUCAGUAUCUGGCCUUUUGUAUCAUCAUACACAUUAGAUUCUGUGUGCGAUUUACAAAGUUUUCAAAGAAAAAGUUUUCUGGAUCUACUAAUUAAGUUGUCUGGUGGAGAGAAGGGUUAUACUAAUGUGGAGUUGAGGGAAGAAGUUAUGACUUUGACAAUCGCUGGCACAGAUACAUCUGCUGUUGCUAUCGGAUUCACUCUCAUAUUAUUAGGAAAAUAUCCAAAGAUACAGGAUAAAGUCUAUGAAGAGCUCUAUGAAGUGUUCGGAGAUUCCAAACGUUCUUUAGUAAAAGAAGAUUUACAGAAGUUAAAAUAUUUAGAGCGAGUAGUAAAGGAGUCAUUAAGGUUGUUCCCGCCUGUACCUUUUAUAAUAAGAAAAAUUGAUAAAGAAAUAGAAUUACCAACAGGCAAGCGUCUCCCAGCCGGGGCUGGAGCAGUGAUAUCAAUUUGGGGUUGUCACAGAAACCCUAACUUCUGGGGUCCGGAUGCUGAAUGCUUUGACCCAGACAGAUUCCUACCGGAGCGUUUUGACUUAGUAAAACCUGGUAGUUACUUACCUUUUAGUAACGGACCGAGAAAUUGUCUUGGAUAUCAGUACGCGUUGAUGUCAAUUAAGACAGCGUUAUGUGCAAUAGUUAGAAAUUAUAAAAUAAUUGGAGAGCCAGAAGCCACUCCUAUACCUCAUAUAAGAGUAAAAUUGGAAAUUAUGAUGAAGCCAGUGGAUGGGUAUCAAGUUUGUUUAGAAAAAAGAAAAUCAGCUGUUUAG